AUGACGGAUAACUGCUGCGUCUGUCCGCAAUGUCUCCAUCCAACAUGCCCGCCCCCGCACGCCGAACCUCCCUACGACGAAGUCGCGCACCAAGUCGACGAGAACCUCCUAUCCGUGAAAAUACCGAAAAGCAGAGGAAAGUUCGAGGAGGGGCAAGAGAAGCAAGAGAAGCGCAGCUUCGACUUUAAUUGCGCGGACUCGGAAGGUGAGAAAUGCAAGCCGGGCUGCACGAAGGUUCACGUGACACCGGACCAGCAUCCACCCGUGAAAAAGCCCGACGAAGAGAUGCUCUCGCUGAAGACUACAAGGCACAUUAUGCCCAAUGACGAUCUGAAGAGCAUGCUCGAAAUUGAAUUUAAGGCGCCGCGAAAUUACAUUCCUCUGCCCGAACCAGGGCCAACUCCGCCCAUAAUUGUACCGAAGCAGCGUUUUAGGAAGAAGCGCAAGGGCAAAAGGACCAAGUAA